CUGCCGGCCGACUUUCUGCAGGAGGAGAAGGAGAAGGUCAUGCAACACCACCGCGAAAUCGUCUCCGUCGACAAUGGCUGCCUUUAUGCUGAGGCCAUGGAUAUGUCGGCGCGGCUCUGCCUGGCAGCAAAUGAUGGUCUCGCCAUGGCUUCUCACGUCAUGCACAGUGCAGAACUCAAUCUCGCUGCGCCCAACGAAACAUCUGCAGAAACAAUCCACAGGACGGUCCGGGUGUGCGUGAGCGCCUUCAUGGCCGCCGACGGCGACUCGUACCAGCGGAAGGUGAGCAGGGAGACGGUGGCCUCGUUCCUGGGCGCUCUGCGAGGCCUCGCGGCGUUGAGCCACAUCUUGCUGGAAGGCGCCCUGGAAGCCGUCAGCCACAGGCUGCCCAUGGAAAGCCUGUCGGAGUACGCCUUCAACUCCGACGUGAUACGCCGAGUUCGAGAGGCAGAUGAACGAGCUGGAGUCCAUGGUCCAAACGGCUCUGUCUCCGGAAAUCUGCAAGAUAGCACUGCCGGUGAUUGUUAAGGGAACUAAAAUUGCUGGAUCAAUUCUGGGGCUUAUGGUGGAUCGUCGAAGGAGAGCAUAUGUGAAGGCACAUAGUAAAAUGGCAUCUUGUGUUCAAAUUUCUGUAUGGGCCUUAGCAGAUAGUAUAAAUAAUUCUUAAGAACAUCUCAAAGAUCUAUCUCAUGGAAUAUAUAUGCAUGUGAACUUUAGUCCAUCAACCUCCUUAUAAGAGAGAGUGAUAUCCUAAUGACGUGAGGGAGAACUCUAAACCACACGUUCAUGCUCUCUCGGCUUGCCAGGAAGUGCUCGGGUGGCGUGCGCACACGACAUGCGCAUGAAUGGUCCGCUAAAAUGAGCUCCUCGUGCUUGUGCAGAUGACUUAUAUAUUUGGUUCAGUUACAAGUCACAAAGAUAAUUCACGUGUCACGAUAUCUCUAUAAAUACCAAGUCAAGUCUAUCUGAUUUUGUUACAAGUAGAGUCGAGUCGAGCCUUGCACCAUAUACGAAAAAACAGCUACUGUUUGCUACCUACUCCUAUACUGCGUAGGGUUCAUACGGUAAUU